CGGUGCUACUGCCUGCUGCUUUUUAUUUGUAAACAAACAACAACUGCUAACUGCAGACAUUACUAAAGAAUUUAUUGAUUAAGAUUGCAAGAAAUUCGAACCCAGCUGCGGUUAAAAUCGAUAAAACAAAAAUACGAUGUCUUAUUUAUAUAUCUUAACAUUCCUGUUUAUUAUCAUAUUCCACAAGUGUAUAGGUUAUGAAAUAAAAGUUUUCGGUCCUGGAUUACAGCCUGAAAAGAUUGUAAUGCCGGCUCGAUAUUUUUUCGUUAAUUUUACGGCAGUUAAUGAAAACUCAUAUUCGCGUGAUUUAGCAUUAAAUUUUGCAGUAGAAAUUAAUGGAAAAUCUUUUAAAAGAGAUCAUUGUAGACUAUGGAUAAACACAUUAGAUAGAAAAGAUGGGACUUUCAUUGUUCGAUAUAAAUUAUACGAAACGUGUGACGAAUUAUCAAUAAGCAUUUAUUAUAAAAACAAGCACAUUCAAGAUUCUCCUUUUACAUAUAAAGGUCUUAUCCAGGCAGAUCAAUGUGACUGUCCAGAGAAAGAUUUACAAUCUUGGUUAAAACAGUAUCAAUGCCCAUUAUCCUAUAGUCAAAUUGAAAAUGAUCUCAAGCCAUUUGAACAGAUAAAUAUGAAAGAUCAAAUAUCUAAAAUUAUCGAGAAGUACCAUAGACCCGAGAGCACAAGUUUUUGUCAUUAUGUUAUUAAAGAUAACCAGAUUUAUAGAGAUUGUUAUGGCAAGCAUAUUGGGUUUAAUAUGUUUGCAGAUAAUGUUUUGUUAUCAUUAACUAGAAAGGUUGUAAUGCCUGAUAUGGAAAUGGUGAUAAAUCUGGGAGACUGGCCCUUGCUCUUUAAGGGAACUGAUCCUCUACCUAUUUUCUCCUGGUGUGGUAGCAGUGAAACAAUAGACAUUGUCAUGCCCACUUAUGAUAUUACUGAAUCUGCACUAGAAAAUAUGGGAAGAGUUACGUUAGACACCCUGUCAGUACAAGGCAAUAUAGAGCGCAGGUGGGAAGAAAGAGAGCCUCGAGCAUUCUGGCGUGGUCGCGACUCCCGGGCAGAGAGGCUUAAACUUAUUGACAUAGCUCGCGCUCAUCCAGACCUUUUUAAUGCUUCUCUUACAAACUUCUUCUUUUUCCGCGAAAAAGAAUCGCAAUAUGGACCAAAGUUACCACAUAUAUCUUUUUUUAAAUUCUUUGAUUAUAAAUAUCAAAUAAAUGUCGAUGGAACAGUUGCAGCAUACAGACUACCAUAUCUCUUGGCUGGAGGAGGAUUAGUGUUAAAACAGGAUUCACCAUACUAUGAACAUUUCUAUGAACAACUACAGCCCUACGAACACUAUGUACCAGUCAAGAGAGAUCUUUCAGACUUGACUGAUCAACUCCUCUGGGCGAUAAAACACGAUGAUAAGGCAAAAAACAUUGCAAAAAAUGCAAGGCAAUUUGCUAAUGAUAAUUUAUUACCACAACAUAUAAUCUGCUAUCAUGCUGUUUUGUUUUCAGAGUGGAGUAAAAAAAUAUCUGGGAAAGUAAGUGUGAAGGAAGGAAUGACGCACGUUCCGCAAGAUAAAUUUGCGUGCCACUGUGGCAACAACGACAAUGCUAGUCACGAGGAGCUAUAAAUAAAGUAAUAAAACUAUACAUCUCAACUAUAUAUUCUCAUUGUAUAAUUUGUAUGUAGUAAUGUAAGUAGGUAACGUUUUUUUGUGUUCAGUAGAUAUACUUUUUUAACAAUAUUAACUGUUGUAAUAUUUUAGAGUAGAUUUGUUUCAUACAUACUAUGUAAUGUAGUAUAUACUAGAAUUAAGGAUAUUUUUAUUGGGAACAAUUAGUUAUACUACAAUUAAUCUAAUUUUUUUACGUUAUUAUUUAUAGUACACAGAAAAAUGC